UUUAACAUUUCAGUUGCCAAACAGCCGUCGUAGCGGUAGCGCACGCUUAGAUCGCGCGGACAGGCAUAUCGUUCGGUGGCGAAGUUCGUUUCCUCAGUCUUUUGAAUUUCACUUUUAACUGUUGCGAGCGCGCCAAGUUGGAACGUGUACCGUUAGCAGCCCCGGCUCUGUUACGGUUUUUCACGAGUGCGACACCAACCUAGCAUGACACGGCUCAAUUAGGCCGCUUAACGCUUUCAUUCAACCCACAAGCGGUCUGGACUCGAAACCCAUUCAAACAUAAACCCAGAACUAGAACUCCGCAUUACAUCGCUUCGCAUCGCCUCGCAUCGCACCACUGACCUGCUCCCGAAGGGGAGCCAAGGCCACCACCCCCUCCAGCUAGCAUCCAGCAUAGUUUCUCUGCAAAACCGCAACUCACCUCACACCUGUCUGAACGCAUACAUAUCUCCUCCACCAUCUUCGACAACCACAACCGCAAUCGCAACCGAAACCGAAACACGAAUAAUGAAUUAUCAGAAGGCCAGUGAAAAGCAGUCGCCGUCCUCAUUGAAGAAGCGGCCGCCGGGCAACGGCAAUAGCAUACAAAACUUUUGGAACGAACGCAUUAUGGAGCGCUUCAUAAAGGCGAAUCUAUUCAUUAUUUGCUGCGUGGUUGCCGUUCUCUUGCUGAUCGUCUACCUGGGCGCCUUCUCGUGCGAGGUCUCUUGGAUACUGGAGGCCCACGGCGAGCUGCCCUUCGCAGCCUACACUCUCUGUUCGCUCUACUUCGUCAUGUUUGUGGCCACCACGAUCCUCAUCCACGGGCUGGUCAGUGGGCUGUGCUGGCCCCUCUUCGCCUGGUCGGGUAUUAUCGGUCUGCUCUCCAUUCCCGAGUUGGUCUUCGUCAUGAUCAUGACCACCCAGCACUGGGGCCUCCAAUCGGUGCACGGGCUGACGGAGCUGACAUCCUACCUGAUCCGUCUAAUCAUCAACUGCUUCGCCCUGAUCUGCGUUAUUCCCACGGGCAUUCGGUGGCGCCGGGAGACGCAGGUGCUCAGCCAGCUGCAGGGCUUGGCCACUCGCCUGUCCCUGCAGACGCCAGCGCCCAGUGUCCCGAUGAACAAGGCGGACUCCCGCCGCUCCAGCCAGCGUCUGAGUGGCUUUGAGAAUGCCGGCUACCAGCUAUGCGACGAGACGACGGCCAAGAUGCCACUGGGAAUGGGAAUGAAUAACCAGUUGGCCGGUAGCCAGGCUUUUGGAUCGCAAAACGAGUUCAACGCCAGCAUGUUUGCCCCAGCCUUGGCCCAGCAGUUCAACAAUGCCACAUUAAUGCAGCGGGGUGGCGCUGGAGGAGCACCCGCUGGACAUCGGGCCCAAUCACUGAUGGAUCUGCGCUGCACUCUCCCAGGAAUGUACAAUCCACGUCAUGUCUUGGACACUGAGGACAAGAACGCCAAAUACUUCAACAUCACCAUCGACGACUUGAAGAAUAAUCUCCAGGACUCGCACCGACCCUCACCGCCCUCGUUGAUUGGGUCGGCCAGCAAUGAUCCAAUUUACUGUUCCAUUGAGCCGAAGCAGGUUACACCUCCGCCUGCCCACCAGCGCGGUAAUCGGCCUCGAGGCAGCCACAAACAGCCGCCUCCUGGCAAGCUAUCCCGAAACUGCGUCUCCCUGGAGAACCUGGACGGGAUCAGUAAGGUGCAGAACGACCUGACUGCCUACGGAAACAAUCUCCUCCAAAACUACACCCAGCAGCAGCAGUACUAUCUGGCCAUGCUGCUCCACCAACAGCAGCAGCAGCAACAGCUCCUCCAUCAGCCUGGUGGAAUCUACAGAAGGCCCUCCAACUGCAGUUCCACGGGAGGAUUUGCAGGAACGGUUCUGGCCCAGCCGCUGCAGCGUCGCGGAUCCACUCACAGCCAGCAGCUGCAGUAUUACGGGGGAUUCGGCUAUGCCAACUAUGCCAAUCCGUACAUCACAGCCAACAGUAAACUGUCACUGGGUAAUGAGUCCGACGACUACCGGAAGUAUCGCGAUGUAGCCCUUUGAGGCACUGCCCGUCCAAGUCCCGGAUCCACCAUAAGUCAGCCCCCUAGGUUACGCUCAGUAGUUUUAAGACCUGCUCAAUCUAGAAUGAGAUUCCUCGGAAUAACGACCAAAGAGCCACAAACUAACUCAGUUUCAGUUCGUAGACUAACGUUACACUGGGAGAAUCGAAUGCUACGUUUAAAAAAAGCAAUAUUUGCAAAAAAAGUUAUCAUAAGAGUGUGCUAAAAAAAGCAAAUUUUGAAAAUAAAUUAUAGAGAGCAUCUAAGUCACAAAUUCAAACAGAAGUCUGCUUAUCGCACUCUUUCCUAAACAAUUUUUAAUGUAAAUAAAGGAAGCUCUCCUCACUAAUUGCGAUUAGUUCAAAAGAUCAAACAAAUAUAGUUCCAAUAUCAGGCAUAUUUCAAAUAAUUGAUUCUGCAAAUAACAAGCUUAUAAACGUAGCUAUAGAAUAACUGGUUAAAUCAUCGACUAGCUUGUGACCAGAUCACAGCGAAACCCCAAGUUACUAGUUUUAAGAAUCGACCGCUAAUCGAAAUGGAAAUUCAUCGUUUAUUUAAGUUACUAGGAAUACGGAUAACAAUACUCCGAUCGACAGUCUAACCAUCCACAGAUCGACAAUUGUACAUAUUUGUAAUAAAAGGCAAUAAUGUUUUUCACUCAAAAA